GGCGAGUUCAUGGCCGCCGCGCUCAUCGUCCCCGCAAACCCAAACCCUACUCCAAACCCCACCUCCUCCCUCCGUCCCCCAUCGCGUGCCGCCUCCAGUGUGCUCCGCUUCCCCCGCCGCGACCGCGCUCGAACCCAUCUCACUGCCGCGUUUGGGAGGGGAUCACCCGCGGCGGCGGCCGAGCGCGGCGGGAAGGACUACUACGCUACGCUGAACCUCCGCCGCGACGCCACCCUGCAGGAGGUCAAGACGGCCUACCGUACCCUAGCGCGCAAGAUGAAGAAGUUUUGGCGACUACCUGGACUGUAUUCCACAGCAAAGCUCCAUGAAUCCACGAUAUGUUCUGCUUCCCCAUUUAUUUUUUUGCUGUUGUACCAUAUUUUAAUUCCUCCAUUUUUUAAAAAAUAAAGAAAAGGCUGAAGAUAGAUAAUGAUUUUUAGCUCCAUCACUGAGUUUGCGUAUUUGGGCCUCUGCGCGUUGGAAGAUUAUUCUUCAAAUAAGCAAUACAUGAUUACACGGGACCCUUCUGUUUAUGGAGUAAACCACAAAUGUAUCAGUUUUGGAUGUUCAGUGAUAUCCAACUUAUACUUUAUCAUGUGCUGUAUUACUUUGUUAAUAUGCUUCUUAAAUUCCACCGAUGUUUGCUUCAAGAUGGAGCUACAAAUCUUGAACAUACUUCAUUGGUUUUCUUUCAAUUCAGUACCAUCCUGAUAUGAACAAGGACCCUGGGGCAGAAGAAAAGUUUAAGGAGAUAAGUGCCGCAUACGAGAUUCUAUCAGAUGAAGAAAAAAGAUCUCUGUAUGACCGCUUUGGAGAAGCAGGGCUCACUGGAGAUUAUGGAGGUGGAGAUAUUGGCUCCAAUGGGAUUGAUCCAUAUGAACUCUUCAAUGCAUUCUUUGGUGGCCCUGAUAAGCUUUUUAGAGACAGCAUGGGUGCUGGGAGAUUCCAUUAUGGUACAAAAGUCACAGACAACAGGGGACUUGAUAUUCGAUAUGAUCUUCUCCUUUCUUUUGAAGAAUCAAUAAUUGGAGGCAAACGAGAAGUCAGCAUUUUUCGUUAUGAAACCUGUGGCACUUGCCAUGGAACUGGUGCUAAAUCUAGCAAUGACAUAACAGAAUGUACUCAAUGCAGAGGUCAAGGCAGGUUAAUGAAAACACAGAGGACACCUUUUGGUAUAGUAUCUCAGAUAUCUACUUGCUUAAAUUGUGAUGGCAAAGGGAAGGUAAUUACUGAAAAUUGCACUAGCUGCUGUGGGUCAGGCAAAAUCCAAGUUGAACGCAAUAUCAGGGUAGACAUACCUGGAGGUAUUCAUGAUGGUUCUGCCAUUCGAAUUACCAGAGGAGGUAGCGUUGAUAAUCAAAGGCGCGCAACUGGUGACCUAUACAUAUUUGUUCAUGUUAAUAAAAAAGAAGGCAUCCACAGAGAAGGCCUCGAUCUGUUCUCAGAUGUCACAAUAGAUUAUACUGAUGCAAUUUUAGGAACCACAGUGAAGGUUGAAACAAUAGAGGGAUUCAAGGAUCUUUAUAUUCCUCCUGGCACUCAGCCUGGGGAGCGGCUGAAAUUUGCUCAACUGGGAGCUCCAGACAUUAAGAAUCCUACCAUUAGAGGAGAUCAUAAUUUUGUGAUAAAUGUGAAGAUCCCGAAGAGUAUCAGCAACCAAGAACGAACAUUAGUACAAGAAAUUGCAGCACUGAAGGAAACUGGGUGUAUUUCUGUUCCAGGUGAAGAGACUAAAAACAGAGAAAAUUUGGGAGAGAGAAACUCCCAUUCAUCCACAGGGAAGAGAAGAUCCCUCUGGCGAUCUAUCAGGAAUUUGUUCAGGGGCGACGAUGGGGAUACGAGAUUUGCUUCAAUCAGCGCACAAUCUGUUACUCCAUUAUGGACUCCGCGACGAGGAUCUCAUCCAGCUGUUCUGUUGCUAGAAGGAUUCCUGAUGAUCACAGUGCUCUUAUUCGUGAUAAGCAGAACUCGUAUAAUCAGGUCGACUCCAAAGCGGUAUGAUCGUCCUACUGAAGCUAAAGAAGCCGAUGGAGAGACUUAAAAUUUAUUAUGGUGAUGUUAUUUGGACGUUAUUGCACACAGAUUUUUUCUCUUCUUUUUCCCAUAAUAUUCCUAUGGAGUUUAUGUGCCUAGCAGUCUGAGCGGGGAAGAAGCGCUCCGGCUUGGUUUGUUAUUGUAGGGGAAAAUGCAGCCAACAUCGGGUACAGUGGAGCCUAAUAGUAACAGAAGUGACAUAGAACUAACACAAUUUUUAGCAGGCAGUCAGAAAAAAGGACUUGUAUUCAUCAGUUGACCAUGCUACUACUGCAUACUGUAGUACUAUGAGUAACCAAAUUUUGAAGCUAGUUAUCACCAUUUUACAUGCGCAA